CUCGCUCGCUGGCUCGUGGUGCAGGUGUCGAGCAGCGUGGCGGAGCACUUGGCGCACUCGCUGCAGGACUGCUCUAACAUCCAGGAGAUCUUCCAGACGCUCUGCUCGCACGGCUCCUCCGUGUCGGAGAGCAAGCUGCGGGAGUUCGAGGUCGAGAUGGAGCGGCUCAACAGCCGCAUCGAGCACCUCAAAUCUCAGAACGACCUGCUGACGAUCACGCUGGAGGAGUGCAAGAACAACGCGGAGAGGAUGAGCAUGCUCGUGGGCAAGCACGAGUCCAACAGCACCGCCCUGCGUCUCGCCCUGCAGUACAGUGAGCAGUGCAUCGAGGCGUACGAGGCCCUCAUGGCGCUGGCUGAGAGCGAGCAAGGCCUCAUCCUGGGACAGUUCCAGGCCGCCGGAGUCGGCUCCGUAGCUGAGCAACCGAGCGGCGGGGGUGGCGGCGGCAGCGCCGAGGACGCGUCGCGGGCGCUCCGGAAGGCCCGCGAGGGCCGCCGGGUGGCGGAGGCGGCGGCCCGGGCCCUGCUGGCCAGGCUGGACGGGGUGUGCGGCGCGCCGGGCGCCGUGGGCGGCGCCCAACCCUGGGAGAGCCUCUCCUCGCACAGCCAGACCAGCACGACGAGUUCGACAGCGAGCAGCUGCGACGCGGACCUGAGCAAGGAGGACGAGCAGCGGCUGCGCGACUACGCGCAGCAGCUGCGAGCCGACUGCGCCGCCGUGACGCUCACCAUGCUGGAGCUGGAGAGCGUGCACCUCGACGCGCUGAGCUGCGACGUGAAGUCGCGCGGCGACGGCACCCGCCUCGACCUCGAGAACGCCGUGCUCAUGCAGGAGCUCAUGGCCAUGAAGGAGGAGAUGGCAGAGCUGAAGGCGCAGCUCUACCUCGUGGAGAAGGAGCGGAAGGCGCUGGAGCUGAAGCUGAGCACGCGCGAGGCCCAGGAGCAGGCCUACCUCGUGCACAUCGAGCACCUCAAGUCCGAGGUGGAGGAGCAGCGCGAGCAGCGGAGUCGCUCGCUCGGCUCCGGCAGCGGCGGCACCGGCGGCACCGGCGGCGGCACCGGCGCUCGUCUCAAGACGCCCAAGGAGAACGGAGAGACGCUGACCGCGGCGAUCACUCUGGCCGAACUCCGCUCGCCGCUUCACGACAACGACCUGGCUAACGAGCUCUCCGAUGCCCUCCACAGGGAGAAGAAGCUGAAGGUCCGUGUGCAGGAGCUGGUGGCGGCGCUGGAGAAGCUGACGCGGAGCAGCGAGAUCAGGCACCAGCAGUCGGCCGAGUUCGUCAAUGACCUCAAGCGAGCCAACAGCAACCUGAUAGCGGCGUACGAGAAGACGAAGAAGAAGUACCAGAGCAAGGUGAAGAGGCUGGAGGCACAGACGGUGUCCAUGGUGGAGCGCCACGAGACGCAGGCGCGGAUGCUCAAGCAGCGCAUCGCUCUCCUGGAGGAGGAGAACGCUCGCCCGCCCGCCAACGAGACGUCGCUGUGACCGCGGCCGGCGAGCGGCGGCCGGCGGGGGGCAACCAACGACAGGAAACAGCGGCGGCCGCAACGGCGGCGGCAACACCAUUGGCGGCAACACCGGGGGCAAGAACAGCGGCAGCACGCGGGGCGCCCACCAAGGACUGCUCGCCACUCCAUCACCGCGACACUCACACACACACACAAAAAAGACAAAGAUGCCCCCCGUGUAGCCUGUAACAGACUGUAGGGGCAAGUGCUGUUAGCGAGUAGCACCUUAUGAGGGCCGGCGCGGCGCACGAGGGGGGGGUGGGUGGCACAGAGAUGCACG